AUGUUGGUCUCCUUGACAGUUGGCAAGGUUGACGCGGGUGUCGCAGUGCUCCUCACCCAAGACAACCGACUCAUCGAAUUUCCUUCAGUUCUAUUGCCAGACAACAUUGCCUCCGGCAGCAUUGUCGACAUCACCGUCUCGCGCAACCUUGCCGCCGAACAAGCAAACGCAUCUGCCUUCCAGACACUCCAGAAACGAAUCCUGAAUACCUACGGUGUGAAAGCCCCAUCGCCACCGAUUCUGCGCCUGCGCAAUGCUACUCAGACCUCGCUCGUCCUCGAGUGGGACCCAAUCGAUCUGGCGACCGCAUCCCUGAAAUCACUCUCACUCUAUCGCAACGGUUCCAAGGCCGGCUCGAUACCUCGUCCGCUUGAGACUCGCAGCACCAAGAUUAGUGGUCUCGCGAUUCACUCCGAAUACUCCUUCCAUCUCGUUCUGCGCACUACAGCUGGUACCUACCAGUCGGAAAAACUCACGUGUCAAACCCACAAGAUGACAGAUCUAUCGGGUAUCACCGUCACAACAGGUAUUCUGGAUCCGCAGCAGAAGGAGGCGCUUGGUGCCGCGCUGGACCGCAUUGGUGGAAAGAUGAUCGACUCCGUGCGUAUCGACACCACCCACUUCGUCUGCACGGAAGGCCGGGGCCAAUUGUGGGAGAAGGCUGUUAGCAUGAACAUUCCUGUUGUUGUACCGGAAUGGGUCGAUGCUUGCGAAACAGAAGGCACAAUUGCUGGUGUGCGUGGCUACUACCUCAACGCAGACCCCAAGGCCCGCCAACUGGGUGUGAUUCACGGCUCGUCCCACCAGCGUACUACUUCUACCCUCUCAUCUGCGACUACACCCCAAGGAAGACCCAGCUCUCAGCCCCAGCGUAGCCCUGCGCCGGAGCAAGUCCCUGAGGAACCGCCUCUGACGCCUUUCCCUGGAGGUGAGAUGAGUGGCCAGCCCCAGGCGCAGACUGAGGAGGUUGGAUCGGAAGAAGAGGAAGAUGUUCCGCCUCCUCCGCCCCCGCCCAAGGACGAGACUGAGAGUACAAACGGGACUGCUGAGAACGGGACUGACUCGGCGCAUCCCUCGGACGCGAAGGAGACAAAGUCCGGGGCUGAGUCUGAUGAGGAUAGUGGAGAAACGAGUAAAGAGCAGACACUUCCUCAGAACAGACCUGAGGAUGAGUCCGAGGCUGCAAGCUCUGGUAAUGCAAAGAGCAAGGGGAAGGAGGGUGAUGAUUUCAACGAAGUGCCAUUGUGA